AUAAAGACAUCAAAGAAACAACGCUGUGUUUCUUGCAUUUGCCACAUUGGUUACCCCGACAAUGUUUCAUGCAGAAGAGGAAGCUGUGUCUUCAUCGGCCAUGUCGCCCCAACUCCAGCAACCUGCAUCCCCCACGGGGACAAAGCUUCCGGAGUUCUGGCAGAGCGACCCGGCAUCAUGGUUCCAGCACAUCGAGGCACUUUUCCACCUGCGAGGAAUCGCCGGCGACGACUCCCGGUAUUACUUGGUCGUAACAGCCCUCGACCAGGCGACCACUCGCCGCGCUAUGCAGCUGUUGCGAACGCCUCCACAGCGCGGCAAGUACGCUGCACUCAAGAAUCUUCUGCUUCAGAGAUUUACUCUAACUGACGCUGAGAGAGCAGAUAGACUUCUUUCUCUGCCCGGUUUGGGCGAUAGCACCGCUUUGGAUCUAAUGGACAGUAUGCUGUCGCUGCUGGGCUCCGAGGAGGGCAGGUUUAUUUUCCCGCAUCUUUUCUUGCGGCAGCUACCACCUGCGGCCCGUGCGGUGCUAGCUAACUCCACUUCUCUGGCCUCUGGCGAUUACCGCGGCUUGGCUGAAGAAGCUGACCGGGUGCUUCUGGCUUCCAGACGGUUUGCCGUGCAGAGCGUAGAAGCGCCCCCCCUGCAGACGAUGGAGAACACGGACCCAGCGGUGGUGGCGGGAGUCGCUACCCGGAAAAGGCGCGAAGCGAGCCAGUACUUCUUUCAUCAACGUUUUGGCGCCAAAGCUCGACGGUGUGUCCCUCCAUGCUCCUUCACGGCCCCGGGAAACUCCAACGCCAGCGUUCAGUAGCAGCUGUGGGCGCCGGCGAAGCAAGCGAGCUGCUCUUCAUCACUGACUCGUCAUCAAGGAGACGUUUCCUGGUGGACUCCGGUUCGCAAGUCAGCCUGUUACCUGCCACGGACGCGGACAGGGCGACAGGUGGCUGCGGGCCGUUGCUGAAUGCCGCCAACGGCUCGUCGAUCGACACUUUCGGCUCCAGGUGAAGAAAUACUGCCGGGCCAAGUCCCCCGCCGAGGUCGCCCCCCAAAAUCUGUUCGGGUCGAAUGUCCUUCGCCUCCCCCGGACCCUGAUGUUUGUUCUGCUCCACAAGGCACACAUGCUCCUUCGCGGGAUGGACAUUGUAGCCAUUACGGCAGGCGAGUGAGGCCCCCUGAAAGGUUUACUUUUUCCCCAUAACUUGCUGUCUGGGUGUUCGGGGGCGGGGCUGUAUGGCGGGCACUAGGACCAAGCUCACACUCAGCAGAAUGGGUGUGGUUUUAUGUGCCUUCUUGGGCACACUAUAAAAGUGCAUAUUGUGUUUUAUUGUGCUUUCUUGUU